UGUCACACCACUGCUCGGUGUCACAACACAUUAGACAUGCUGCAACACUAGCCAACUGCAGGACUUUUUCCUCUUUCACACUUUGCAGUUGAAGCAAACGGUCAGGGCUUUAAUAACUGUAUAUGCACAGACUCCAAGGGGACCCACAACUCUCCAAAAAUGUGCCCAACUGGGCACAAGCCCCCUGGCUGGAACAGCAUGACAGUGCAAAGGUGCUGGAGGCCACCCAGGGGCACCGAAUCAUCACCACUCACCUGCCCUACAACCUGCUGUCUUCUGCACUUCAGGGCUCCAAAGCUAAGGACCUGCAAGGCUCGAUGGAGAGGAUCAGCUCUUUCCUGCAGUGCCCCCUGGUGGGCGAGGAGUUAACCAACGCCCUGAGACACUUUAGCUUCAGCAGCACGAGCGAUAACGCCAUGGUGAACUACACUCAGAUCCCAAAGGAAAUCAUUGACCACAGCAAAAGCAAAUUCAUGAGGAAAGGUAAAAUCGGUGACUGGAGAAACACUUUCUCAGAGGAGCAGAUUGGUAUUUUUGACACCGUCUACAGCUACCAGAUGAAAGACUGUCCCUUGACCUUCAUGUGGGAGUGUCCUCCUGAGUCCUGUGGGGGAGGAGGAGGAGGACAGGCCUCUGGGGAUCAGGAUAGGGCCCUUAUCCUCCAUGAUGCCGGAGAUUGAUGGAUACGCUUCAUACAAGUCCUGGAAUUCUCUCACUUUUUGUGAAUGUACAUAUAAUGUACACAACCCAAUAUAGUAAAACUAUAUAAUAAAAUUG